UGGCGCUGGCGCUCGCCCCGGCCCGCAGCGCGCAGCGCGGCUCCCUCUCGGCGCCGCGGGCUAGGCGGGCUGCGGCUCCCCGAGCGGGCGGAAGAUGCUGCCGGGGUCCAUCCAGAUCUCCGGGGAGACGCUGUCGGGCGCGGAGAUCCGGGACAUCUGCGAGAGCCUGCGGGAGAACUCGGUGCGGCUGCUGUCGCUGCGCGGCUGCCAGCUCUCGGAGCGCGACUUCGGGCACGUCUGCCGGGGGGUGGCCGAGUCCCGCUCCCUGGCGCAGCUCAACCUCAACCUGGGCAUCGUCUCCAACAUCAACCGCGUCAAGCAGCUGGCCGAGGCCCUGAAGACCAACCGCUCCGUGCAGUCCCUCUUUCUCCAUGGGAGUCCCCUGACGGAUGCAGGCUUGGCUCUCCUCAACCCUGCACUCUCCAUCCAUCCCUCGCUGGUGGCUCUGGAUCUGGGAGACUGCAUGCUGGGUGAUGAAGGCAUCAACCUCAUCUGUGGACUCCUGCCGCCUGACGGGGCUAAGUCUGGCCUCAAGGAGCUGACACUGAGUGCCAACCCCGGUGUCACAAGCAAAGGCUGGGGCCGCCUGGCCAUUGCUGUGGCUCACAGCUCCCAGCUCCGAGUGCUGAACUUGGACUACAACCCCCUGGGUGACCAAGUAGCAGGGAUGCUUGCUGUUGCUGUGGCCUCCAGUCGAACCCUUGAAGUUUUGGAUUUGGAGGGAACAGGACUCACCAACCAAUCAGCCCAGACCUUGCUAGACAUGGUAGAGAAUUACCCCACAGCCCUACGGACACUCAUCCUGUCAGAGAACAACAUCAGUCCGGAGCUGCAGCAGCAGAUCUCUGACCUGCUCUCAGAGGGCGAGGAAGAAGAGGAAACAGAAGCUCGUGAAGUCACAGCCAGGGAGAAGAACCCCUGGAUCUGCCAGAACAAUCCCAGCUCCCAGAUGGUCUUGAUGACGUCAGGCCUCGGUGACAGCCUCUUAGCAGAAACAGAGAUGUAGCUGGGCUACUCUGCCUGCUUCUGCCACGCAUGGCACACCGGGGGGCACGCACCCACCAGCUCUUUGCCUCCGGUGAGCUGCCCCUGGGGUCUCCUCACGCAUUUCACGUCCUGUCGACGCUCCCUUGACUCUCUGAGUACCGGAGCCAGGUCGGAGUGAACCUCUACACAUCUGUGUCGUCACACGCCCCGUCGGCUGCUUGUGAUUGUCUGGUUGCUGCAUGUGUUACUCACACUGCCCUGCCUCUCCCCAUGCCUGGCUGCACCCUGCAGGACGCAGGCUGUAUUUAUUCAGAUGUGUAUAAGAGAUGGUCUUUCUAUUGCUUGUUCUGCUGUCACAAUCAGAGUUUUAUAAAGGUCACAGAUGUGGCACUACUCACAGCUGCCUUAUUCCUUCUGCUCCUGCUACAUCAAGGUAAUUACGCUGCCAGAAAUAGUGCUAAAAAUGGGCAUUUCGCUUCUCACAGGUGCAGGAGGAGGCAUAGCACGAACGGCAGGUGGCAGCACCGCCCAGGGCCGGGCUCCUCGCUCCCUGCGUAGCCCGAGCUCCCUGCUGCCCCAAAGAGUACCAGCGUGCUGCAGGUGCUACUCACGGCUCGCAGGAUAGGGACAAGGGACAGAGAGGCACACUGCCACCCAGGGGUGAGUUUCUGCUGAAGCUGGGUGCCAGCUUUAGGCUAUCAGGCAUGGGCUUCUGCAGUAGAGUAUGAGAUGCUGGCAGACUCCUUCAUGAGUCAGACAAGCCCAGUCAACCCCUCGUGGAAUGCACAAGUUCCUCCUGAAGCACAAGAUCCUGGAUCCCAGCUGCAAGAGGGUGGUUGUGCAAGGUGAAGGAUACCAGCUUGCCCCCUCCCUUUGUUGCACAGGGAGCAGAGCUCCCUUGGAGGAGAUGCCUGCCUGGUCUUGCAGAGAGGUCCAGCAUAGUCCUGUUUGCUCUCCUCUAGGUCUUUGCUUCUGUUGGAAGUGAGGGCUGGAGCCUGUCUAUGGGGUACAAGCUGCGAUAAAGGCUUCAACUAGUGCUGGUAUGACAGCUUGCAGCUAUGUGUCCCCUGCACUUGCUGAAGUGCAGUAAGGAAGAAGAUUGUGUUUCAU